CCGUAGUAUAACAACUCAUUUUCAGUUUAUGGGAUACCCAGGGUCCGGAUAUCUGAAACUUUGAAAUGAAAGUACACAUGGGUCGCAGAAACUAAUGUCAUGGAUAUUAAAUAUGGCUUCGCAUUUCUUUCCUCACCACACCCGUCUUAUCCCUCUGCAAGGGCGAGUACCUGCUCUAGUGUUACCACUAGCCCAUGGGCGCCGAGAGCCUGACGACGACAGGUUUCGAGGAUGUGACGCCGCUAGCGCAUGAUUUGCAAGCCUUCAAGUGGUACUACACUGCGUGCUGUACUGUUCUCUUUUACGACUUCAUCCUAACCUGGCAAGAGGAGUUCGAGUACAUAUGGAAUGGGGUUAGGAAAGGGCAUGUGUUCUACUUGUUUCUCCUUACAAGAUACAUUCCCAUGGGGUUUUGUGUUAUAACCCUUUUCGCGUAUUUUUCUCCUCUUUGGACCAUAGAGGUAUAUGUAAUCGAUUCGCCAUCGUCGAGUGGGUCCAGACGCUGUUAGUUACUAUCCCUGCUGAAAUUGUACUGUUAAUACGGUGAGUCAGGUUUAAAUUGACUUCCUUAUGACAUUCUACAUAGAUAACCCAAUCUCUUUUAAUUAUUCCGCCG